AUGCUGACGGCCAAGGAGGCUUCUCAUUCAGGUGUAGCGCCCAUGAGAGAAUCGAGUGUGAAGGCGUAUGUCGGAGCAAGCACCCUAAUCUUGUUCUGCAGCUUUUCGCCCCUACUCCUUGCGGCACCACGCUUUAUGCAUGUACUAGGGAUUCCUCUCUCCGUCGUUUUGAUGCUUUUGUCUGCUGCAUACUCCGUUUACGCGCAGAUCGUACUGGCAGAAGCAGCCUACCACAUGGCGUCAUCGUCGCUUGUGGAUCUUCUAGCUCGUGUCUUGAGGCCUUGGGCUUACCACUUUGCAGCGAUAAGCACGAUGCUUACAUACCUUCCUGCCCCAGAGAUUUUAGCCUUAGUUGACCAAACCCUUGGUGCGUAUGCACAGCUCAGCCAGCUUACUCAAAAGGUCGACCCCAUAGUUUAUAUACUCAUUAAGUUGUUGUACUGCAUUGUCGUUAUUCUUCCGUUUACUCUCUUGCCUCGGGGAACCCUUCACGGUCUUACAAUUGGGUGUGCCGUCGCUGGCUUUCUUUUCAUCAUCGUUUUCUUGUGUGUUUGCGUAGUCUAUGGAGAUUGGCGUAGGACUGGAUAUGUACACAGCUACAGACAUGACCCUCCCCCAGCUCCCCUUGUGCCCUUUGAGUUUCACACAAAACCAGGAGUCUUUUCUCCCUUUUACUACUUAUACUGCUUAUGGAUAUCGCCUACCCUUAUCGGACAGCAAAACAAGCAGCAGGGCUCAUACUCAUCCCGUUACCGGUGGGCAGCGUCCACCAUUUUCUUCACAGUGGGCGUUAUAUUGGUCCUGUCAUUUGGUGUUUCCAUUGUUUCUGUGUUCUUCUUCGAUGGUACCUGUACGGCAGUCGAUACGGAUUGCAUCUUACUACAAGACAACUAUGUCAUGUCUUUGGUAUACAGGGAUCCCUUUUCUAAGGAGUACAUCAUGCCAUUUGGCGUUCUUGUAAUCAUGAUCCUUUAUACUGCCUCCCUAGUGCUCGUGGCAGUUGUGAAGAUCAUUGUCCUGGGAAACAUGCUGAUCCCUUAUGCAUCAAAGGUUAUUAGAAGAAAGCCUGAUAAUUCCGCAGUUGCACAAGAAAACGUUUGGUUGGCAUCUCUUCAUAAGCUGGCAGGAUACUCGCCAAAGCUCCCUAUAGGAAGAACACUUUCAGAGCCCGAAUUGGCGUGCCUACAUGCGCAGGGCAAUAAGGAAAAGGGCUCCAUUCCAUGCAGAACGCGUCUCCUAUACCUAUUAGUCUCCGGGCCUAUCAUCUGCUUCACGCUUGCACUCACGCUGGUAAUUCCAAAUCUGACAAUCCUCUCCUCCUUGGCCGCCAGCGUUCUAGGCAGCAUUGUCUGCGUACUUGUGCCUCUCGUUAUCCGCUAUAAACUGCCCUACCUGCGCAGGAUGUCUGCUGGGCGGAACAUAGACUUGUGUGCCAUUGCAGCCCGUUACAGAGAGAAUAAUAUCUUAGACGACGAGUCAUCGGACUCUUCUGCCCUGCUUGACUUUUAUUCGUCAGAAACUAGCUCGUCGUCCGGCUCCUCGUGUUCAGGUACUACCACGCCGUCCAAAUGUGACGGCAUCCCGGAUAGAGAGAGGCAGAGCCUGCGUAAGUCCACCGCUAGCAAGUCACUAAGAAGCAUUACCCUGUACAGCAAGGCAGCCGAGCCUGGGACUAGAAGAGAACCACGUAAAGGCGCCGCUGUGGAGAAAGACAUCUUGGCAGUAACCAGACGGAACAUAGAGUCUAAGGCAUCUCUACAUAGAGAAAUCACAGAAGACGACCUCGAAAGCAUAGAGCCAUGCAACAGGGAAGCGUCGAUAUCCCAGCUGGAUACCUUCAAGAGUGUGACUUCUCGAAUGAAAGAGAAGAAGAUGCUCAUUGACGAUACACUCUCUGGUAUGGAUGGAAGCGUGGAACUUGGAUACGAAACAAUUGCGAAGGACGUAGUCUUGGCCGGGCCUCAAGGCUCUGAGAAAAUCUCCCUGGAACACACCCAGUAUGCUGUUGGGAUCGUCGUCAUGGGCACCCUACCGGAUUUCUCUCGCGUUAAGAUUAUAGCGCCCCGCACUAAGAAGAUAACAUUUCUUAUCCUUAUGAUGGUGUCCUUGGGACUUACUGUUACUUCUCUCAUAUUUCAAUUUAUUCUGCUCUUCUAG